CAGAACACCGAUACCCACUUUGAAAAGCUCCGAGGAGACUUGGUUAUCUGGUGUGGGAUCUUGGACCUGCUCGUGUGCUGUUCUAUGGUCUGCCUGUGCAUUUCUAUAUAUUGUCACGGAACACAUGAAAGAUGGACACCAUGUGCCUACCAGUGAUCAGAUGAACAGCUUCACCAAUUCUCGAUCAUGAAACUGCAAUAGAGGAUGUGGCAGGCCUUCAAUUGUAUAUGAAAGAUGUUGAUUGGCUAUGGACACAAAUAUCAUACUGAGUGGCAGUGGGAAAGUUGAAAGUCAUUAUGGGUUACUAUGGUGAUGUGUCAACUAAUUUUUGAAGAUGAGUUGCCAUGGAGACGAUGGGUUUCGGGAGAUGGAGCUCUAUCUGCUUCAGGCACAGGAGGAAAUUUCACGAUCAUUUUCUGAGGAAUUAACUGGCUGUGGAGGCUCCUCCUCUGGCGUUGUAACUGGUGGUGAUGAUAGCAGCAACAACGCUAACAUAAGGAGUGGUGGUUGUGUUGACAGUAGUAACAAGAAUGAUGAUGGCAGAAGUACUACCAAUAGUUUGAUUGGUAACAAUAACAGCAGAUGUAGCAGCACCACCAAACAUGAGAGUUGUUCCAUUAACAACAGCAACAAUAGCAGGAGUAGCAACAUAAGCACCACCAGCAUCAUUGAAUCAGGUAAUCAGGAUAAAACAGAGGAGUUAAAACAUGAGGACAGAUAUUCAACAGAGGAUUUAAGCGGCCUUGACAAGGAUGAUGUGAUAUUCUUGUAUGACAAUGUGGAGUUCUUCAGAGAAUAUGACAGGCAGUUGGAGGAACAAAACUAUGAGAAAAGAAAGGGUAGCAAUGACAGAAAUGAAUUACAAGCAGGGGAGUCUAUGGAUGAAGAAGUUUGUGAAAACAUGAAUACUUAUUCCCAGGAACAAAGAAUGAACCAACAUUCUGUGCAUUCUGUAGGUCAUGAACCUAAAACUGAGACUGGUGAUAAAUUAGGGCGAAUUAGCAAUGGUGCAGGAUGUAUUAAGUCCUCAGACACAGUGGCUAUGGGUGAUGGAUUACAUGGUGGUACCCUAGGAUCCCUGCCCUCUGAAAAGGGGGAAGAUUUAUUACCUGGAUCUGAGGAAGUCUUUAAAACAGACUCCUGGAAUCACACAGAUGAGCUGAGAAAUUGUCCAGCAACACAGUUAACUUGUUCUCCUACAGCUAUAGAAAGCAGCAAACAUACUUCAAAAUUGGUUCAGGACGAUUUAGACAAUUUAAAACCAAUUCAAAUAUCAAAAUUGACUCAGGAAAGUUUAGAUAAAAAUGAUUUGAAACGAACCAAAACUUCUAAAUUGGUGAAAACUGAAUGUAAUAGUCUAAAACAGGUUAAUUCCGCAAAAUUGGCCCAAGAAGAUUUUUAUGAUUCAAAAUCAGUAAAAACAUCAGAACAAGUCCAGGAAGUCUCAGAUCAUUUAAAACCUGUUGGAAGUGAGUGUGUAAACGGGUCAGUUAACAAGGCCACUGCCUGUGGAGAUAUCUGCCUGACUGGAAGUUGGCAAAGUGGAGUCAGCCAGUCUGCUUAUCAGCUUCAUGAUAGGGGAUGUUUGGGUAAGCAGUUGGGUAAUAGCAGGAAUGAUUCAAGAAUGAAGGCGGGUGAGAUAAUGCUUCCUCUGCCAAGUGGGGUGUCCAAUUUGGAGAGUUGUGCAGAUAGUAAUGAUAAAUCACACAGUGUAGAAACAGACAGGAGGGAUUUUAGGGAAGAGAAUAUCCAGACAAUUAAUGUGUCUAUUGAUGAAUUAAUUUGUCCAGAUAAAAAUGAGGGAAGUGAUACAUUAAAGGCUUUAAGUAGUGGUGAUUUGUCUUGUUCUGAUAUGUGUAGUGGUAGGAUGGAAAGUGAAAGUGUUGGUUCAGGAAGUGGAGCACAAAGUGAAGGUUCUGUGACAGGGGAUAAUAUGGUUGCAAAGGAGUCGGGUGAGACUGUUGUUGAGACUGAUGCAGGAUUUUACUGGCUGACAUGCUCUAUUGUGGAGCCAACAGGUUCUAAGGACAUCAAGUGCAAUAAGGGUGAAAUACCAACAAAGCUGGAAUCUGAAACAAGUGAAAGUAAGCAAGUAGAUAGUGGCAGAAAGGUACAUGAUAAAUCUGGUGAGGAUAACAAUGAUAAUGUUGGAAAUGAAAUGACUAGUGUUCAUAUUUGUGUGACAGAUUCCGAAGGGAAUUCAAACGUGAAGAAAGGUGAUAGAAAUCAGGAGAGUCUUGAAAGUGGAAGCCAUGUAAAUAGUGAGGGUAGUAAUAGAAAUAGCAGUGAUUUGAUUGGCUCACUGUCUGAAGAUCAUGUAAAACGGGAGUCUCAAUAUUCAUCUGAUGGAAAUAGUGUCAUCUCCGAAAAUUCUGAUAGUUUCAGUGGCUCAAAACAGGAUAUUAUGGUGAAUUCCACCCCAGAUUUGUUUCAAACUGAUCAUUUGGAUGCUGUUGAUGGUCAUUCUGAGAGAAAAUUGUCAUAUCCAGAAAAUAUAUUCAAAGUGUUUAAAGUUGUGAGCAUUGAUAUUCCAAAGAUGAACUUGUUUAAUCAUCACCAUGGUAACCAUAAACAUGACAAACAUAAGACGAAAAGUUCAGAGGCAGUUCUGAUGGAAAAUAAGAUAAAGCCAGAUCAUAAUCGACACAGUGCCGAAUUUGACAAAAAACAUGACAGGAAACCUCAUAGAGAUGAUAAAAAUGCCAGCAGAGGCAGCUUAAACACUGAUGAUAAGAAUCUAUCAUGGAAACAUUCCCUGCCGUCAUCGAUUUUGAGAUUACCAUCUUCAUUUAAAUCUAAAUCGUACAAGAUGGGUGAGGCAAGGAGGGCUAAAUCUCAAGACAGGGAAGUGAGCCUUGUACAGGUGUUAGAUUUAGGUCAAGGCCAACCCAACAGUCCACCUGAUGGAGCAGCUACACCUAUGACCCAAGGGCCCAUCCUGGACCCACCCCCAAGUUUUGCUUCGACUGAACAGAAUGCAUCUGGUGACACGGAUGGACACACUGUCUGGGAUCCUGGAUCUGCAGUGCCAUCUAGCUCUUCCUGUUUUGAGUCAGGGGAGACUACUCCAACCAACCCAGCAGAAAAAUCACCAUGCUCUCCCUUGCUUCCCUCCCCUGCUUGCACAGAAAAACUGAUCUCUUGGACAAUACUUCAGCACAAUAGAAGAAAAUACAGUGUAGACAUGAUCAGAGGUGUUGAGUACUUGAAACUGCCAGAUACGGCCAGGAGAAAAAGUUUUGACUCUGGAAUACAAAGUGAGUAUGCAGAAAUUGAUGAAUUUAAACAAACUGGCUCAAGUGAAAAAUGCAAUAAUGCUCCUUGUGUUCAGAAAUGGGAAUUACCUAAUGGAAAAACUGCUGUUGGUCCUCAAUUUCCAUAUGGAGGUUUGAAACUCAGCGAAAAUAAUAAUAAACUAGAGACAGGAGAUAAGAAUGGUGAUUCAGAGUGUCCUGAGACCAUGGAUAUUCUAGAUGCAUACCACCACGAUGAGAAUUCAAACAACUCAGGAACACAAAACUAUUCUGAAUUGGAAACACUGUGCCAUACACCAAAGACUGAAGUUCAUGCCAAUGACCCAUCAGCAAUUUAUGCUACUGUUGAUAAAAGAUCAAAAGCCAACACAGUGGACAGUUUAUCUACAGAACCAAAGAAGGAGCCCGUUGAAUGUCCUGUCUCUCCCCCAAAAAUACCCCCUAAACCCAAACAUUUAUCUGAACAAUUCGGUAACAAGCCAUUAAAAGAUUCCACAGGAGAGGCUUCACCUGAAAUGCAGAUCAUGUUUAACUCUUUAAGCCCUGUCCUUAUUAGAAGGCAUAAUUCUAAAAAUCGGUUAAAUCGUAGAAACAGUAGUUCUACAGAGACAAGCCCAGAAAGCACCCCAGAUAUUUCCCCAAGAGUUCAGAAAAAUGUAAAACCUGCUUUACCUAGCAGAAAAAAGCCAGAAGAAUCACUUUUUAUGGACCCUAAAAUGGCUCAAACUUGGCACGGAACUACUAGUGCUAACUGGUCCAACAUUUAUGGCCCCCAGAUGAGAGCCAUGAUGAGAGAAUUGAAUGCCUUGACCAAUAAUGCUGACUAUGACAGUAGCACUAUCAGUGUUGAUGAUAAGUUUGAUGACUAUCAGGAAAGAUCAAAAACACUGCAGCCAAAGUCACUGCUUGAUGAAAUGCACAAAAAGUUCUGUUCUGAUCAGUACAAAAAUGAAAGAGAAGCUGCAAUCGCGAGAUCUUUGAUUUUGUUUCGGUUAAAAUCCCAUCCCACUACAAAGCCGAAAAGAAGUCAGAGCUUUAAUAUUCGUAUGGGGAUGGGUACAACAUACUCAAGGUUGGCUGCCGGGGCGUCAAGUUCAUCAGCAAGCUCAGAGUUGUCGCCCUUGAUUCCACGUGCCUCAGAGCGUCUAAGGAUCAAGACAAGACCUGAUGCGCAAUACUCUCCAAAACCUGGAAGACCAAGGGCAAGAACUCCUGACCCACCCAGAAUAUGUGAGGAAGUCCCCAAGGCGGAGGCUAUCAGGAAGGAGGAAGCAGAGAUAGAAGCUAUAGAAGCGUGUCGCUGGCUUCGAGAGACGGGAUUUCCACAGUACGCCCAGCUGUAUGAAGAUGGUCAGUUCCCGUUGGACAUAGAGUCAGUGGAGAAUGACCACGACUUUCUGGACAAGGAAGACAUCCAGUCACUCUUCAGGAGACUCAACACUCUCAACAAAUGUGCAAUAAUGAAGAUCGGGACUCCCACUAAAAAGGAGUCUGAAGAUUCGGAUGAGGACGAUCAAUGUGCAUUGAGUGACAAGUGGAAAUACCAGCGCAGCAGUCGACGCUGGUCACGUAAGGACCUUGAGGGUCCUCUGGGGUCAUCAGGGCCUGAGAGCAGUCAACCGGGACUGACCUCCUCGUCCAGUCACGACAGUCUGCUCGCUGACCAGAACAGUAGCAGUGAGACUGGGGACAGUCCUGUCCUGGAUAGUAAAAUGUUGCACCUAAAUGAUGAUGUGUUCAAAACUUUCGACGCAAAUGGUAAUGCAACCAUUGGCAACAAUUCAAAAAUGUACCAGCGUGCUUCUAGUGAACGAAUGAAAGGGGCUAAAGGGUUUUUGAAAAGGAUGGAAAGUUUAAAACGAGGGAGGACAAAGAAACACAGGACGAUUGACGAAAUAAGUAGUCCUGUAAUAACUAACAACGCUGUUAUGCAGGCUAAAAUACGACAUUUAAACUGUCAGGACAUAUACUUCCCCAUUAACAGUGUUAAAACUCCGGUGAAUCAUGGGCAGGUAAAUGGGCUUACAGACAGAAUUACUUCCCCUAGAAAUGAAUCUUUAACUGUGCUUCCUACUCCAGUGAAAACAGACUCAAACUCGAACAAUCUAAACUCAUCUGUUGUUAGUCAAAACUCAUCAGCGAGUGCGCGAGUUAGCCAUGUCACUUCUACCCCAAGGGUCAGCUCAGGCAUAAAUGCUCCACCUUCAGAUCUUGUUUUAAGUGGCAAUAACUCUGUCGAAGCUGACAAUUCAUCUGGGUUUUCUGCAAAUGGUGCUCAGGGGUUAGAUGUGUCCAUGUUAAGAAGACAAAGCAAUAGUAGCGAAACUACAAAUUCUUCUGAGGAUACCGUGUUCAAUACAUCAGAAAAUAAACCUGGGAAGUUUCCGACACUUUUAGACGAUUCACUAUUUGCUAGUGAUAAAAGUAAUCCUAGAUAUAGAAGCUUUAGUUACACGGACGAAAAUAGUGCACAAGAAAUGUGUGUUAAACGACGGUCACUUGAUCCGAGAAAGCAGUUACAUAGAGUUAGUAUUUAUGACAAUGUUCCAGUCGAGGACGAUCUGACUGCCGCGCAAGAGGAACUUGAUAUUAUUCUUUCGGACCUCUUCCAGAAUAUUAAUGGACUCAACAGAGCAAUAAAUGGAGAUGACGCAGAGUUGUUAGAGCCUCCAAGCCUCAGUAGUUUAGACAACUCCAGUGUGAUAAGUAGCCAGUCCGAAACACCCGAGCCCGAGGCCGAGGACAGAGAUAGCUACACGCCUGCACCUGAACCUGAAGUGAUCAGCGGGACGCUCUCAUCGCCUGAUAUCAGUGACCAAGAGUUGCAAACAGAGGAGACGUCACAUGAUGACUCUGCGGAACACAUUAUUGUUCGGGAGCGAAGGGACUCCGGUGUGGGGUCCUCACUAACCAGAACUAACAGUGAACGAAGAAAGUAUAGAAUUCGCUGGCACAGCUUUCAAAAGUCACAUCGCCCAACGUGCGAGAGCCGAAACUUACAGCUCACCAGUCUUUCUGCACGUCAGAUAUUGGUGCUUCGUAAAUUAUUGCUACUAAAACUUACUGCCUUAAUCGAGAAGUUUGCGCCCAACCGCUCGGGCUGGUCCCUAACUGUGCCAAGAUUCAUGAAAAGAAACAAAGUGCCCGAUUAUAGGGACAAAAACGUGUUUGGAGUGCCAUUUUCUGUGAUGAUACAAAGAACUGGUCAGGCCUUGCCACAAUGUAUUUUACACGCCAUGAGGUACUUGAGACGAACCUCAGGUGAUGCAGUGGGAAUAUUUCGUAAGCCAGGUGUGCGUGCCAGGAUACAGAAGCUGCGCAAUGACAUCGAGGCAAACCCAGAAGCGAUUGAUUUUGAAGAUUUGCAGCCGUACGAUGUUGCCGACCUUAUAAAACUUUACUUUCGAGAACUCCCAGAGUGCCUUCUUACCAACAAACUCUCUGAGAUAUUCAUCACAAUAUUUAUCUAUGUGCCCAGUGAACAAAGGUUAGAAGCCCUGCAGGCGGCCAUUCUGUUGAUGAACGAUGAGAAUCGUGACGUCCUUCAGUCACUGCUGCUCUUCCUUAGCGACAUUGUGAAACAGUCAGACAUUCAUCAGAUGACAGCAAGUAACCUGGCGGUGUGUUUCGCUCCCUCCCUGUUCAACAUGGGUGGAGCCCGCAACCCAAGUCAGACCCCAAGCCCGCGCCGGAACAGGAAAAGCCCAGGAAUUCCAGACGCUAGAGAACUUAUGGAGCAGAAGGCCGCCCAUGAAUGUCUUACCCUGAUGGUCCAGGAGUGCAAAAGGCUCUUCACUAUUUCCUCAGCCUAUCUGAGUAAAUGUCGUGUCCUUCACGAGGACCCAGUUUCUAUUGACGAACUCAACAGUGGAGCCUCAGAUGGUAACCAAGGUUACGCAGGGCACAUUGAUGCCUGCAUUCAGGGUCUCCUAAAGGAAUCGCGUGAAAAAUUCCGCGGCUGGGUGAGCUCCCCCUCCGGAAAGGAUGUUGAUCUGGCAUUCAAGAAAGUUGGGGAUGGACACCCAUUGAGGCUCUGGAAGUGUACCGUGGACAUUGAAGCCCCACCUGAGGAGGUCCUUAAUAAAAUCCUCCAUGACAGACAACAGUGGGACGAGGACCUUCUCCAGUGGCACACAGUGGAGAAACUUGACGAGCAGACGGAAGUGUUCCAGUAUGUGAGAAACUCCAUGGCUCCGCACCCGACCCGGGACCUCUGUGUACUUAGGUCAUGGAGGACUGACCUGCCUAAGGGUGCGUGUGUUCUGAUAUCCACGUCGAUUGACCACCCACGGGCUGAACUCCUGGGCGGGCUUCGUGCAGUGGAACUAGCAUCACGAUAUCUCAUAGAGCCAUGCGGCACAGGGAAAUCUCGCCUUACACACAUCAGCAGAGUUGACAUAAGAGGCCACAGCCCAGACUGGUACAAGAAGGUCUACGGCCAUAUCUGCGCUAAUUUUGUAGAAAAGAUCCGAUCUUCCUUCCAAAGCAACACUGCGGGCCCAGAAACCAAGGUCUGAUCACAUAACUGUCAUAUGACUAUGAGGGACCAACCACAAAAGAGAUAUUCAGCGCACAGAAACUGAUGAUGUCACAACCGUGACUUGAAUACAUUGUAUACUGGAACUCUAAAGCUGUGAUCAUAAUAUUGGGCAGAUAAUGUGCUUACACACUGAGAGAUGACAAAAUCUCUUAUAUAUAAAUGGGGACCAAGGCUUUUAGGCUGGAGGCAUACCAAAUACAAGUCACUUUUGUACAAAUACUUCUACAAAAACAUAUUAUGUACUGCUAAUGUCAUUACAGUUUCAACAUUAACAUUUGCAUUGAAAUCCAUAUAAAUCUAUGAUAUUCGGUAUGAACCGUUGAUAUUAUGUCUGACUUCAAAUAGUGCUAUAUAAAUGGGUAAUGUGAUAUAACAAUGUAGUCAGUUUACCAGUAUGAAUUUUACUGAUAUGUAUACAUUAUUAAGUUAUUUUACAUGUAUGUACAAUUACAGUAUAUUGUACCAAAUGUUGAAUAAAAACAUUUUCAAAUAAUUGAAAAGUAACAUUUGUUAAACACCAUGUGACUGCAUUGAGGACAUGUACUUGUUUGCUAAAUUUUGACUUUCUUUUUCUUUGAUUAUGUAACAUUCCUGUUGUUAAAUGUUGUUGCCAGAAUUGAAAUGUGGUAUAUUUAUUGGGUUCUAUUGUUUGGUUCUAUUUUGUUUGAUGUAUUUUACAUUUACACAUUCAUGUACCUGCCUAGCAUGCUGUUAAAAAGUUACCUUAACCAUGAUAAUUAUCUGUGAAUAAUUUUGGAUUUUUAUUUUAUAAUACAUUUUUGAAUAACUAUCCAAGUAGAGAUGCAUGUCUUGGAGAAACAGCUCUGAAGCUAAUGUCGUGAGUCCAGUUUUAGAUAAUGAUUCUUGUAUCUAAGAACAAUGUAUUUUUGAAAAAUAAAUUCUUUUGAUCUGUUUUAUGGAAACAAUAACAACGUAUUUUCCGGUUCUUUAAGUACUUUUUUGUCAAAUAUUCAAAAUUUGAAUAUGUUAUUAUAAACUGGCAAGAUAAUUGUGUGAAUGUAAAUUAUAUUUGUCAUCAUUGUCAUCAGGGAUUUAAGUGACCUCUAUCUUUUCCAUGUGACUGUUCCAUGGUCAUGUGACCAAAAUUAUUUAGUCAUGUGAUCAGGAAAUGGUCACAUGGUUGCUUGUAAAUGUUUUGCCUUAUUUAAGGAACUGGAAAAUGGCAGCUUCAGUCAGUAAUUUGUAAAGUUUCCUUUGCAUUGAUAUUAUUUGUUUAAUAUGGAGUUUAAUUAAGUAUAAAACUAAUUACCUUAGUUUUGUUGUCUAAUUACCUUAGUUUUGUUAUCUAUAUCUUCAUUUUUCA